UUUUUUCCCCUUUCUCCUUGACGGUGUUAGGUGCUUACUUCCAUUGAAACCGGAAAGAGCAUCUGGAAGAAGCCGUGUAACGGGUUGCAGUCUUGUUUGCCUUCCACAAGCUUUUGUUAAGGACCUGUUGGACCAUGUCGUUGUAUCCAUCAUUAGAAGACAUGAAGGUGGAUAAGUUUAUCCAGGCUCAGACGGCCUAUGAAUCUAGCCCACCAAUGCCAGCUGCACUGCCUGAAUCUUCUAAUACUGUCCCUGCUGAGGCUGAUGGUGGCCUUUACCCAAAGCUGUAUCCUGAACUCUCUCAGUUCAUGGGCCUAAACCUCAAUGAAGAAGAAAUACAGCAUAAUCUCUCAGUGCUUCCUGUAGCAGAUUGUGCCGGGCAAAUAGCUACAAGACCUUCUGCAUUAAAUUACAUGACUGCACCAAUAUCGGGAAAUGAUUUUGGAAUCCGUAGAGCAGAAAUCAGGCAGGGUAUUCGUGAAGUAAUUCUCUGCAAAGACAUGGAUGGAAAGAUAGGAUUACGACUAAAGUCUAUUGAUAACGGUGUUUUUGUACAACUUGUACAAGCCAAUUCCCCGGCUUCCCUUGGUGGCAUGCGCUUUGGAGACCAGGUGCUUCAGAUCAAUGGCGAGAACUGUGCUGGGUGGAGUACUGACAAAGCCCACAAAGUGCUCAAGCAAGCUGCUGCAGGAAGGAUUGUGUUCAUUGUUCGGGACAGACCCUUUGAACGCACCGUCACUAUGCACAAAGACAGUAAUGGACAUCUGGGCUUUGUUUUCAAAAAGGGAAAGAUAACCUUCAUCGUGAAGGACAGCUCUGCAGCACGAAAUGGGCUUCUGACUGAGCAUAACAUUUGUGAAGUUAAUGGGCAAAAUGUAAUUGGAAUUAAGGACCCUCAGAUCUCCGACAUUCUAAAUUCUGCUGAGAGUGUCAUAACAAUAACUGUAAUGCCUUCAUUCAUCUGUGAACACAUGAUGAAAAAAAUGUCUUCCAGCAUUGUGAAGAGUCUAAUGGAUCACUCUGUUCCUGAAGUGUAAUUCCAGACAUUAGCUACAAAGGUCAUAAAGGGUCCUACUUUCCUGCUUUUCCAGGCCGCUAGAAGUCACUAUAUAUGAGCCAUUUGAUAUUCAGGAUGGAAAUGUACCAUUAGGCAGCUACUGCAUGGAGGCACAGUGGCAUUAUGUAUUGUACUAAUCAAUGCACAGAUCUGAAUAUUUAACUAUACUGUCAACAUCUUCUGCAGAUCAUUUUGCUUGUUUACAAAUCUAUAGAAUGUCUUGUGCAAGCCUUACUGAGGAUGCCCAUGUACAGUAGCGUAUGCAUGCUAUUGAAGAUAGGAAGGAAAGCUUUUUUUUCUCCUCUUAAUAUUUAAAAGGUUGCAUCAACAGAUAACUACAGUAUUUCAUAAAUAUCCAAAGGGAACUCAAAAUAGGCUUUUUUAAAUAUGUCUGCAGUUGUUUUUGGUAUUAUAUACAUCUUAUGUAGAAUGGAAUUAACUGUUUUUUUUUUCCUUUCUGUUAAGUAUUAUAAGUGAGUUAAUAAAUAUUUGAA